CCGCAGAGACAACAAGUUGUCUACGUCUUGGAGCAGAGAGCAGAGAGCACAACCUCAAACUUAACGAAUGUGCGAAUCACUCAAAUGUUGUCAUCCUCAACCUCAAAGAUCACUUUGAUUUUUAGGUAUUCUCUUCUCAAAAUCCCUAAUCUUGUUUCCUUCGCUUCCUCUUCAUUUUCAAUCUCAUCCCUUCACUCUCAUUCUGUGCCCGCAUCCACUCGCCAAGUUGAUGAAGCUGUUGAUUCCUUCACUCGCAUGCUCUCUAUGCGUCGUACUCCUCCCAUCAUCCAAUUUAACAAGAUUUUGGGAUCCCUUUCCAAGACGAAGCAUUUCCACGCCGCUGUUUCCCUUUUUCAGCAAUUGCAAAUCAGGGGAAUCGCGCCCAGCGUAGUUACUUUGAGCAUCGUAAUUAAUUGUUGUUGCGGCAUGGGUCGUAUGACGCUUGCUUUCUCUGUAUUGGCCAAGAUUUUCAGGAUGGGUUUUCAGCCUGAUACCAUAACAUUGACAACAAUCCUGAAAGGUCUCUGUCUCUGUGGUAGUGUUGAAAAAGCAGUGCGCUUUCAUGACAGAGUGCUGGCUCAUGGAUUUCACUUUAAUCAAGUCACUUAUGGGACCUUGAUCAAUGGGCUCUGUAAGACCGGACACACAUCAGCUGCUAUUCAAGUGUUGAGAAACAUCCCACGGUAUGGCAUUGCUCCUGAUGUCUUCAUGUACAGCGCAAUUAUUGAUAGCCUCUGCAAGGAUACACUUGUAAAUAAGGCAAAAUAUGUAUUCAACACAAUGGCCGAGAGUAGAGCGUUUCCUAAUGUUCGGAGUUACAAUAUCAUGAUUAAUGGCUUUUGUAAGAGUAAAAUGAUCGAUGACGCCUUGGAUCUCUUCGAAGAGAUGCGUCGCAAGAACUUGGUUCCUAACACGGUAACUUACAGUACUCUAAUUGAUGGCUUGGGAAAAUCAAGGAGAAUCCUUUGUGCCUUGGAGCUUCUUGAAAAGAUGCAUGAUCGAGGUCAACCUGCUAAUAUAGUCACUUACAGUUCUUUGAUGGAUGCUUUGUUCAAUAUCAAACAACAUGACAAGGCACUUAUGUUAUUCAAUCAAAUGAAAGAGAGUGGCAUUGAUCCGAAUAUAUAUACAUACAACAUACUUAUAGAUGGCUUGUGCAAAAGUGGAAGAAUUAAAAAGGCAAAAGAGAUAUUUCAAGAUCUUUCCAUUAAAGGCUAUCGUCCAAAUGUGCGGACAUACACCAUUAUGAUCAAUGGGCUUCGCAAAGAGGGUCUGCUUCAUGAAGCAUUGGCACUCAUGGCAAAAAUGGAAGACGAUGGUUGCUUACCAAAUGCUGUGACUUAUGAAACAAUCAUUCGUGCUCUGUUUGAAAAAGGUGAAAAUGAUAAAGCGGAGAAACUUCUUCGUGAAAUGAUAUCCAGAGGCCUAUUGCAAGGAUAAAAGUUGUUAUACCUGAAGCAUAUUGUACCAAAGCAAUCAACUUGAUAAAAAUAGUUACUGAUUCAAACUUCAAAGCCAAAGGAUUUUGAUCAAACACUAGCCUCUUGCGCAAUCUCCAAGCACCCCAAAGAGUAGCAAGAAACAUUUGCACAGGUUAAUGCUCAAAAAAGUUGGAAUACUCUAUCAUGAAUUGCAUGUUCCCAUAUAAUCAUGUUAAGAAAAAUAAUAAACCUAUAAACUUUACAAUUAAAAUGAGAAACUUUGGUGGUAUAUUCAGGCUUUUAAGCUCGAAUCUCAUUAAAGCUAAAAUAUUGUGUUAAGAAACAAUUAUGUGAUCAAAUCUGGUUUUAAUGAAACAAUUAUGGUAUUUUUAUAUGAUAUGAAUUGUUCAGGAGAGAGUAUUUUAAUUUGUUAACUGAGCUAAACUUGUAGGUUGAUGGCUUGAUAACUUUCAUCUUUAUGCUGGCUCUACCAUAGAUCAAUUGAUUCAUUUGAAACGUUCUUGGAGUUAUCAUGAAAAACAUUGGUCCAUUUGUUUGUUGUUUUUUUUUUUUCAGAAAAAAAAAUGACAUUAAAAAUU